CGGUGCCAAGCCCCGGCCUCAGUAACUCCCUCCACCAUGUACACUCACGUCCUCGUCGCCUGCUUACUUAUUGGAUCCACAUUUGCCGGGGAGAAAGCUGAAACAAGGGGUAAGCGUGGAUUCUCUGGCGGCCAUGGUGGCGGCUACGGUGGAGGCCAUGGCGGCGGCCACGGAGGUGGCGGUAGCUACCUGGUAGUUGGCGGCGGCGGUGGCGGCGGUCAUGGUCCCAGCGCCGCCGAUGUCGCCAACGAGGCUGCCAACCAGGCCACUGCAGCUGCAGCAGGUCUAGGAGGUGCAGCUCACGCCGCAGCUGCAGGAGCCGCUGCAGGUGCCGCAGCUGCUGCUAAUGCAGCUUCACAGACAGCUCAGGCCGCAGCAGCCAGCAAGCAGUCACAGGCUGCACAGGUGACGCAAGCGGCACAGGGAGCACAGGCCGCAGCCUUCGCUGAAGGCUCUCUCGCCUCUAAGGCCAACAUCGCCUAUCAAGCGGCCAAGAUAACAGCUUCCAUGGCCCAUGGCCUGGCCGCUAACAUCGCCCAGAUUCUCGCGGAGGUCAAGGCUCUGGCCAACCAGGCGGCCAACAGUUUGGCCGAACAACAGAACUUCCUGGCCGCCCAGAGGACCAUGGCCUGGCAGGCUCAGCAGGCGGCCAACUCCCUCAACCAGCAGCAAUACGUGGCACUCAACGACCUGGAGGAUGCCGCAGGUGCGGCCGCCCAGGCCCAGGCCUCUGCAACCAAGGCCAUCUCCAGGGCCAAGGGCAGCAGUGGCCACGGCCAAGGAUACGGCCGCUAGGAGUGACGUGUGAUGGACGGGUUGUAUGUAUAACAGUGAUAUCGAUUUUUUACGACAAACGCACAAUGUUUGCAAUUGUGCGUGUAGAAUAUAUAAAUAUACUGUCUUCUUCUAACA